AUGGAUAGCCGUGUUGAUACGUCCGCCAAACAACCUCCGACCAAGGACUACGAGUUAGAGGUUGCUAUCGCCGGUUGUUCUUCUUCAGACAGCACUGAAUCAGUCCAUGAUAACUACGACGAUCGGUUCGACGUCGACUUUAAGGAUACGAGUAGCUUUGGCCGGAGGCGCCAUUGGUGGAGUCGGUGGUUGAUGCGGGGCAGGCGACCGAGAAUAUACUCUGCGGGCGAUGGGCAGAUAGACGCAGAGAAGUUGAAGGAUGAUGACGUCCCACUACUUGUGCCGGAGAGCCCCCAACCUCCGAGGAAAAGGAAACGGCCGAUGGCAUGGUAUGAUUGUUGCAUCUAUGGCGGUGUUACCGGGACGGGUAUCUUGGCGGUUCUGCUCCUCAUAAAUCUUGUACUUGGUGCAACGACCGUCCUCCAACAUUCAAACAUUGAUACAACGCUAGAUAACUGGGGGAGGCCUGGGUCGGGAACGGAGGGUUUGGCUUUUUAUCCUACUGACUUCACACGCGAUAUCACACCUAUACCGUGCCACUCGCACAACGACUAUUGGCGGAGGGUGCCCCUCUUCUCGGCCCUUCGCGCUGGAUGUACCAGUGUGGAAGCAGAUGUAUGGCACUUCGGCGACGACCUAUAUGUCGGCCACAACACCGCUUCGUUGACUCAAAAUCGAACUUUCCAAUCACUCUACGUUAAUCCUCUCGUCGACAUCUUGCAUCGCCAGAACCCGGACACGGAAUUUUACAACGGGACUAGUCAUGGAGUGUUUGACACCGACACAGAAAAGACACUGACUUUAUUGGUUGAUGUCAAGACCUCUGGUCCGGAAACAUGGCUUUGGGUUCUGAAACAGUUGGAGCCACUUAGAGAGAGGGGGUGGUUAUCGUUCGUCGAAAAUUCCACUGUUCAUAUCCGACCUGUAACGGUCGUCGGAACUGGCGAAACUCCAUUCGAUGUCCUUAUCGCCAACUCCACCUAUCGUGAUGCCUUCUUCGAUGCGCCUUUAGAAACCAUGUGGGAAGACGAGGAAAACGCCCCAGAGACAACGCCCAUCCAGAGAAAGGGUCAAGGGCUCGCCGGCACAACCGAAGAUUCAGAGUUCCAUGCUCUGAAUUCAUAUUAUGCAUCGGUGUCCUUUGGCAAGGCUAUCGGGACAGUGUGGGGCUGGAAAUUGAGUCCGAACCAGAUGAAGACUAUCCGAGGCCAGCUGGCCAAUUGGACUGAGGAAUUAUAUUUGGGGUGUGUUGGUGGAGGAAGGAGUGGACAUCUUGAACGUAGACGAUCUGAGAGCGGCGGCCAGGCAUGUUUGAUUUUCGCUAUGGCGGAACUGCGAGAUGCAAUGAUGGGGUGGGUGCUGGGCGAGAUCAGAAGCACGAAUGACGAAGGCAUCUCGAUCAGCCGCAUGUUCGAAAAUCUCGAGAACCGUUUUACUGGCCACCCUGAAGUCAAACCUUUUGUCUGGCAAAGCCUUGUGGAUCACAAGGAUGUUGUGUUGGGAGAUGGCAAGGCGGGCCUGGCAUUAAGGAAAUUGACUCUGGAUGAUGUCUUAAUCUUGGGGCUCGGACGCAGCACUAUUAAGAUUCAGCCCUUCCCCCGGGAUGAAAGACCUCCGCAAGGACAAAUGAACGGCGAUCAUGCAACACCCACGACGGCGGUUAUUACCCCCCCUCUUCCCGAUCAAUGGCCCUCCAACACCACAUCUACGCCAGCCCAAGAACCUGGGCUAUCACCUAAGAAUAGCAGUGGUCAAAUCUUCGAAUUCACAUCUGCACCUACGGCUAUCCAACCCCCUAAAAAGCGUCGUGGCCGGCCGCCAAAGAUCAAAACGAAAUUACUAGCAACUACACCUGUAGCACCACCGAUUAACGAGGCACCAAGGCGUAGAGGCCGACCACCCAAAUCCAGACAGAAUUUGAGUACGCCAGGAGCAUUGUCAGUAGCCAAUGUCGAGGGAUACCAUGGAACGUCAAACUAUCCUGCUCCAAAUGAGCUCACUGAGGCCACUGCCGAGGAGUAUUCGAGUAGCUUCAGCGCUCGCGAUAGCAAUAGCCCAACCGCAGUCUCAGGCACCCUGGAUAGUUCUGCAGAUGUUGCAGAUUCUGCAUUGACUCCGCAAACCCCCAGAGAGACUCGACUGAGACCAAUACGUGCAACCCCUCAGAAAUCUGCUCAUUUUACUUCUUGGGAGGAUAUGCAGCGCCAUGAAGGAGUUGCAGGGGUGUAUAAUGAUCAUGAAGCCGCUCGCAAGCGACGACUCAAAAGCAUAUUCUGCGGGUCGAAGUCAACCGUUCUGGUAUUCAAGUCGGGCAAAUUGAGAGACCCCCAAUGGCUAGGGACGCAUAUGGGCAGUUGGGUAGAGCCUCUCGCGACUAGAAUGGCUGAAUCUGUCAUUCAGCAGGAGGAUACAGCGCAAACGCCUUCAAGCAAGAGGAAAAAAGUGGACGACAACGUCAAAUCGGAUGAGCCGAUGGCUGAGCCGAAACCAAAGCGAAAAUGCCAGCGCAAAUCUGCCGAACCGGCAGGUGAUGUGUCAACGACGAUCGAGCCUUUUGGAAUCAAUGAAGGACAACCUGCAAGCAAGCGGAAGAGGGCUGGUAGCAUUGACCAGUCGCCCACUCGGACCGAAGAUACGCCAUCGAAUAAGAGGGCACGACGAAGUAUAUCUUUGAUUGCAGGAGUUGAUUCCGGCCCAGAACAAACCGCAAAGUUAUCUGGUAUCACGCCGGAUACUACCAUAGUACAAGAGUACAAUCCGGCGAAUAACGAGUCUGAGGCCUCGACUUCGCAACCGCCCACACUUUCCAGCCAGGGUCCUGAAGGAGGUGACUCUCGUUACAUAUCGUCCCAUACUGGAGCUGACGUCGAACGACGUUUACAAUUUCAACCUGUACAAGGAAACUCUGCACUCCGCCCAUAUACCUCCAUACACCAAGGUCAACAACCGCCCGAAUAUGGCCCACAUCUCAGACCUAGCUUUGUCCCUAAUGGUGCAUAUUACAACCCGUAUCUUUCGUCCGUGACACAGCCUGUCUCCUGGGAUAUUCAGGCACAAGCAACAAAUCAAAAUAUCCGGGCAUAUCGAUCACCAUAUGGAGCGCCUACCCCGGAAGUCGCAAACUUUAGGCAAUCUCCUGUACGCUCAACCAGCGAACUAUGGCCGUCUGCAAUGCAUGAUGCUCGUCCAGCGUUGGCCAACUCCGUUUCUCCUUUAGGACCUACUACGCCGCAAAUUCCCAUCUCAGCUCCUGCAUCUGUGGCACACCCGCAAGUAGACUUCACUAAGCACCAGAAUGUUACUAUGUCAUCUCAGCCUCAUCAUGAAACCACUGCCUCGCAGCCUAUGGACGAAGCAGCUUCGAAGCCGAUGGUGGAUGAAUCAGGCCCUCGCAGAGGGUCCUUCUCGAGUACCAACUUCAUAAGCAGAGAGGAGCAGGCUCAAUUCUUUAGUCCACGGCAUGUCUCUCCGGGUCAAUUAAGCCAGCGAGCCUCGUCUCCCAACCCCAACCCACAGGUCGAGAACUUAUCGAAACACACCGCCAAACCGGCCGACGUCUCGAAAGGUUCUUCGAACGCGGAAAAGGAUGCCCAAAGAAAUGGAAUAGAAGCUGCACUACUCCUUGCUGCAUCAACGCCCAUACCAAGCGAUGUUGUCCGACUUGCUGCUGUAUACAAAGCCGCCGUUGGAAACUUAUUGCUCUCCGCAGAUAAAUCUACGGUAGAAUUCUUCGGCCUAGAUCAGUUCCCACCCCAAGUCCCAAAGAUCCUUCUCCCAAUCUCUAAGAUGCAUUCGAAUCCAAUCACAUCUGUGAGUGGUUCAUAUCCAAUGGAAAUUCGGAUCACAGCAAAUGAAGAUGGCAUUACUACUACUCACUGCUUCCAAUUUGCAUCCACGCCGGAGGCUUACGAGGCCGCGAGCAACAUGAGAGCCAAGCUGGUCACAGCCAAAAUCGCAUUCCAGUUCCGCACUGGCGAGUUAUAUCAAAUGUCUGCAGAGGCUAAGGAGGAUAUUACAAGGCCCUAUAAGUGCGACAAAUGUGGCAAUACAUUCAAAAACAAAGGGGGUUUGGAAUAUCACGUGACGCGGUCUCAAACAACAUGCAACCCCAGCCAUGACCCCUCCUCUAUAGUCAAACGACGCGGACGACAAAUCAAGAAACGAGAACAGAUGGCUACAGACUCUAUGUCCGAAAAUGGGCAGUCACAAUUCAUGCAGCAUAAGAUUCUACAAGGCCAACAUGAGUUUCGCAAGGCGACCAAACGGUCUGAUAGAGCAUCUUCUGAUAGUGAUGACUCUAUCCUAGAAUGGGCCGAGCAACAUGCAACUACAGGGACGAAAGCAGUGUAUAGGCAACCAUCCAUACCUGCAUCUACGCAGGGCCUGUCAAAGUCCAAAAAGCCUAAAGUGCCGCUUCGCUCGCUAGCAGGAGAAGCAUCCAUGUGGCAAGAGAUUGCGCAGGAUAUUUUUCCAGAUACAAGUAUAGUUGAACGCUCUCACCUGGAUGUGGCGAACAAUCAGUAUUUCCAGCAGAUAAUACUCAACUUGGUACAUGGCAAUGGGGGAUUGUUUUCUGGAGACAAGGGACUUUGGUUCGCUUUGGUAGGUGCCUGGCUCAAGAGAAGUGACAAAUCUAGCAACAAUAUUCCAGAGUCAAAAUUCUGCCGCAAGGCCUUUGAAGAUCUCAUAGAUGCUGGGAAGCUGGAAGUCUCGUCAUUUUCAUUCCGGGACAAGGCCAGCAGAGUUAUUACUCGCAAAAUCACGACAGUACCAGGAUUUGACCUGCAAUCAACACAAUUUGAAUUAAUGAAGACGGCCAUACAGGAAGCGCAUCCCGAAUUCUAUAUCCCAGCUGAGAAUUCCCCUCCCGAUACUGUUCUGUCCAGGUUACAAGCUAUUGCUCGUCGGCAAAUCGGAACGCCUAACGAGGUCGGUGAUGAAAUGGGAGUAAUGGAUCCCAACGACCCGGCGCAUCAGCAAGUAUCGUCACCAUCUGAUGACGAAUUCAUUACCGAGGAUUUUUCGUUAGAACAGGAAGAUAGCUUCGAAGAAGAUGACGGAAUCAGUGAUGAGGAUGAGUUUCAGCCCGAGGUAGGAAGGGGUAAAAGACGUCUAAAACGCGAACAUCGCCCAGCUCAGGCCAUGCGAAAGCGCUGGGCAGCUGCUAGGGCAUCCGGUUUAUCUUCACUCGCCAAAAAUGCGGCCCCUAUAGCACCAAGCUGGAGGCGUGUAGCGAUGGCACAGGUACAUAAAUCUCAAACCGCGCGUAAUACUCCUGUUGGGUUACACGGUUGGAUACUGGGCACAGCAGUUCUCCCUAAUCCAGAGACUGGAGCAUGGGACCAAAGUCCAAUUUACGUCAAGCAGCGCGCGCCACCAACCAAGAGACCACGACUUCCAGAGCCGAUUACUUAUAUCCAGAGAUCUAACGGAGCAUGGGCUAACAGAGCAUUUGGCCAUGGUGUGAGCCCCAUAUUCUCGCGACGUCCACGCGGAAAAGAAGGGUUUUCUCCUUCUGCUAACCACUAUCGGCGCAAAAUCGACAACGGUUUUCGACCCAUUCUGUACCGCGGGCAAGACAGGCAGCACUUGACGGUUGUGCCAUCCAGGAGCUCCCUAGCUUCCGACACAGGUAUAUCUCAGUCUGAAGCCUUUUCCUUGGACCUUGAAGGAGCUAUGGAACUUGACCAAACCGAACUUGGACUUAAGAAACGAGGUGCGGUGUCACAAUCUUUGGCAGAAGAUGAAUAUUCAGAUAGUCUACGGGCCACAAUCCGAAUGCCAAAAGCUGCCGGUCGACCCGCUCGUGCUUAUGCUUCAAGAGCACCCAGACAAGCAUCAACGCGACGUAGGUCUAAUUUAGUUGGCGAUGACUUUGACCUGGAACCAGUCGAUUUCCCCAGGGUGGCUCAGCCCAACCGUAGGACCAGGACAUCGUUAAAAGCUGCAGAGGCUCUGGAUGAAAUCGAGCUGCUAGGUUCAUUUAAGCCGAAGGAACCUAGUAUUGGCGCACCUAUAAACCCUGGGCUAAUGACGUUGCCCAGUUAUUUUGGCCUUGGUCGUUCCAUUGUCCAAGCGGACGAGCAGCAGAGCGCUGAAUGCUUCCAAAGCCAUCAAAAUCUCCAAUUCGUCGACCCCAACGUCAUUUCCCAAUCUUGCGAUCUCGGCGAGGGUUCCUGGACCUGCGAUGGAGGGUCAACUACUUCGCAAACCAUUCAACUUAAAUGGCGAGAUAGUGCUGCAUUCACAGUGGAGAACCUUCCAUAUGAUGAGCUCGAGACUGAAACCGAAGAAGUUGAAGUUCCCAGCCAGCCUAGAUCCCGAUAUCAGAAGAAACGACGAGUUGAAUCUAGCUUUGUUUCGCUCAACCGCAAGGAUGCUGGAGGGGAAAAGUACUCGAAGAGUCGGCCACAAACAGCUCUCCCUGAGGAUUUUGAGGGCGUGCUGGAAGAUCCCACACAAGCGGCAUCAGUGUUCGAUGUACAGGUGGCAAAACAACUUGUUGGGUUUCACCGAGCAGAAUCACGGAAGAUGGGCGGUAAUAUGACUCCAGACCUUGAACGACGGUUCGUUGCCGCUGUCAUCACUGUUCAAGUUUUGACUGGUGGUCUUGAAGGGAAUAUUGACUGGGUCCUGAUUGCGAACAUCUUCACCGAGUUUUCUAUCACCUUCCUUACGAAAACCUGGGGCCAGCUACGGACCAAGAUGCCUGAUAUUGUCGAGCAUAUCACUGAGGACUUUCGAGAUGCUUUUCCUGAAGCCUACCGAAGAGGUGAAGUUCCGCCAAUUAAUUACGACAAUCUUAUAGAUUAUGAUUGGAAUUCGGUGAUUGACUGGGUAACGCGAACUAUUAAUCCUACCCUUGACGCACAGUCGGUUACUCUUCCCGCAGACCGUAGGGAACUUAAGCAGCAAUACCAUGUCACUGAAAGUGUUGGUGACGUGAACAAUUGGAGGGACUCUUUCUUUGGUCUUACGACAGCUAUAUACAAACGUAUCGAUAUGGCUGCUGCAAUUCCAUCCACAAUUUCUAUACGGCGUCAACAGGGAUCUGGGAAACUUGACGAUAUAAAACUUGACGAUUUCACCCUCGCCAAAUCUUGGGUGCGAGCUGCUGCCGUCACCCCCGAAGAACUCUGGGAUCAGCGAGUAGCAGCGGCGAAGCUCAGCGAGUUAGGUCUCCCUCUGGUUGAAAAAGCACUCCAAGCACUUCUAGGUGCGAAGGUACUUGUCCACCGUUCCAAAGGCCGCGUUACGCCCGGGCGGAGUUACGAAGGUUCUGAUGCAUUCGCCGCACCUCUAAGGAAGCAUAUCAACAACCAGCAGUUCAUCGACGCUUUGAACUUCAAGAAAUUUCUUGAUGAUGAGUUCUUCCAAGGAAAAGAUCGUACUGUUACUGUGGAUUAUAUGGCAAAUGAAGGAACCUUGAUGUGCAUUACAAGCUUACAGGCCCAUGGCCGCAUCGAACUCCACGGCGUCGAUGUCCCGAUGAACAAAUUCGGUCUCACGGGUGGCGGUUACGAGACGAAAAAGAUCCCAAGGGAGAAGUUGAGGUUUACGAUCGAUAUGAACCCUACUUCUUCAUAUGUGUACAACCAAGACAUCGAGCUGCUGCGCAAAGCCGAACAAGUUGAGCCGCUCGGAGCAGGCAGCCAGGGCGAACUCCCUGCCUGGAUCGGCAUCACCGGAGCCCUAAUAGAGGAUCUAUGGAAAAGAGUUGUGGCUUCUAUUUCCCAAGUUGUUACUCUCCGUGCCGGUAUUCCUCUCGAUGCCUUGAAAAAUGUAUUCGCACCAACACUAGAGGAGUGGGAGCUGAAGCGCUUUAUGGAGUGGGGUGUCGAAUUGGGGAUCUUCGAGAGGCUUCACGAGAGAAUUGACGGAUGGACGGUUUCGGAGUGGUGGUGGUUGGCGGUGGCGAAGCUCUGUGAGAGAUGA